AUGUGCCGCUUACCGUCCCCGCCGCAGGGCUGGUCUCCGCCGGGUCGCUCCCCGCUGCCACAACGCCAUCAGGCCGACCCCAUCCCCGCCAAGGCGCCCGCCCUGCCAACAGGGGCACCCGUGAAUGACGGCAGCAACGCUUCCCACCCGACCCCCAGCCCGCCCGGCUCCCGCCCAAGGCCCGAGGCCUCCGAGCGCUGUACCGAUGGGGCUCCGGCCCCUUCCUCCUCCCCGCAGAGCGCCGGUUCCGCCCCGCAGGCUGCGCCGCGCCGGGCCUCGCCUCCCGCCCCUUCGCUCCACCGCGCUCAGGCCAUCGCCUCGCCGAGGCGAUACCGCCGCCGACACGCCAAGGGCUCCUCACCCCACGGCUCCCUGGGCUCGGCCGGCCUUGGUCCCCCAGAACCCUCCUUUGUUGCUCCCGGAGGCCGGCGGCAGCGCAUGGGCGCAACGGAAGCACCCGAGCCCAGUUCCGGCCGCUCCGCCCGCGGCCCGCCCCCCGCGCAGCUCCCCGGCCGCAGGCGGCGCAGCGGGGCGCGACGCCGUCCGUUCCCUGCCCAUCCUCGAUGCGGCCAGUGUCGGUGCCGUCGGCAGGCCCGAGCCUCUCCCGCCCCAGACGCGCCACGCCGCUGCAGCCGCGACCCGGUGGCGCCCCAGGGGAGCGGCAGCAGAAGCAGUUCCACAGCACCGGGAAACCGGGAGGAGCCCUGA